CUGGAAAUUGCGUACAAAACAAAUAUGGCGCCGAAGGUCAAUGAAAAGUUUGUAAACAAACUUCACUUACGUGUCAUAUUUUUAUAAAAAUAUUAAAAUCCAUUACUAUAAUUACUACUAUCACUCUAAUUAACAAAUAAAUUUAAAUAUCAUCAUUUAAAUUUAAUUAUUUUUAAUAAAUAAUUAAAAAUAAAAUCGCGCGCUUUUUUAAAAUUCAUCAGCGACUAAAAAAUAAAACGAACCAGUUAAUCAAAAACCACUGGUAUUCUAUUUAUUAUUCUUAUCAUUGAUUAACUUAUCAAUCAAUUAAUUGAUUAAUUAAUUACUAGUUACUUAAAUAAUAAAUUAAAAAAUCAUAAAAAUUCCAAAAAUUUGAAACUUGUAUUCUAACCUAAAAAAGUGUUUUAUAAAAAAAUAUAUUAAAUAAAUAUGAGAAAAUGAGUGUCAAUGAAUCAAUUAACAAAAAUAAUUCAUCAGUGAUGUUAGAUAGUUUUAAAAAUAACAAUGUCUAUCACGCGGUAUUUGUUAACGAACAGCCAACGACACCCGAAACUGAAGAUCCAGAUAAACUGCAUGUUUAUACAGACAAAUUAGACGCAUUGAAAGUCAUUAAAAAAUACAAAACCAGUAGACUGAAGUCGUUCAGAAGCAGAGAAGAAGCUGAGAGUUACGCAAAGUAUGGAGACCUUGAUAACAAACAAGUUAAUGGCGAUGAAAAAAUUUCCGAAUGUAAAAGUGCCGAUGAAAAAGGUCCAGCAUUCAAAAGUCUCAAGCCACAGGAACUUGUGGUCUUCAGGAAACUCAUCGAGACUGGAGAUUUGGAAGGUGUCAGAAAAGCUAUUUGGGAAAACCCGAGAUAUUUGAUCAGUGUCAGCGCAACACCAACAAUUUUAAAGGAAGGUCCGCGUUACAAUGCACUCCAUGUAGCGACAUCUAAAAAUACCGAUGCCUUUAAUAUGUGCAAAUUAAUCCUGGAUGUCAUCAGUGAUAGAAACUUCAUAGAAUUAAUUGACGGCAUUGAAGAAUCAGCGUCUUACGUCAACAAAAGUAAAGUAUUUAUCGACGCAUUCUUAAAUACACCGAAUAAAGGCAUCAAUGAAACGCCUCUACACUUCGCUGCUAAAUACGGCCUCAAAGACGUCGUAGCUCUUCUAGUUUCUUAUCCUCAGUGUUCCAAAACAGUCAAAAAUAAAUAUGAUAAGAUGCCUAUUGAUAUUGUCUGUGAUAGAAAAGGCGCGGAGAACCCGCAACUGAUCCAAGAAAUCUGUACCCUACUUGAGGAUCACUAUUACGUUCCAGUAAUGAGAUCAGAAGACAAUUCAAUGGCGCCGGCAGUCGGGGAUCUUUUUACCCCGGCAAGUCCUCCGCGGAUUGAGAUCGAUCCAAUUAGUCCGCGGUUUGAAGUGAAAGCUUUCGCGGGACCUAUGACUAAGCCACAGGCUCUAGAGUUUAGGAAGAAGUGGAAAACACCGCCGAGGACGUUAUUUGGUACACCUAGACGUGAUACUUCGUUGAAUGAUUCGUUUCAGUUCUUAAAUGAUUCAGUGGUUGAAAAAACGGACUGUAGGCUUGUUGAUUUUGAUAAAGGUCUCGAAAGAGUUGGAAGAGAUCUAGCUGAGGAAUAUCAUGUACCUUGGAAAGAAUACUGGCCAUUUUUAAACGAAUUUGUAAAUUUAAAAUCCACUGAAGGCCUAGAUAAAUUAGAAAAUUAUUUAAGUAAUCUACAGAGACACGAAAGACUUGAAGCAGUAAAUUCAGUAGAAGACCCGCAAAAGCCAACAUUUAAAUCUAAGAGGAUUAAAAAUUUGGCUAAAGAUUUUACGAAUGAUAAUUGCAUUGAAUCUGCACCGGCUGAUGACACAGAUGAUAUUAAGCCAAUUUUUUAUAACUCUCAUGAUAAUAAUUUGUUUGAUAAUUUUGAUAACAAUAAUUUAGAUGUAAAGAAUAAAGUCAAUGAGACUUAUAAUAGUGAUAUUGAUGCGUUGAUUAAAAAUAUGGGGUUACUGAUACUUAAUUCUCCGGAUAAAGUUAUUGAUGAUAAAUUUUAUACACCGCCAUCUUCACCUUUGCCAACUGAUAACAAUAGUUCGGAUUAUUCUGAUUACUAUGAUGAUGAUACUGAUAGCAGCUCGGAAGACGAAAUGUACGUCGCUUCAGAAGGACUUCCGGUAUUUAUAGAAGGGUCCGCGCCCAGUAAAACUGAUUUAUCUGUUUUUAAUGCAAUACCUCAGUCGAUUGAUCCGGAAAUUUAUCCAUUAAUUUACCGAUGGAGGCACGAUUUGCAAUUAGCAGUCCGUAAAAAUGAUAUAAGUGUCAGCUUCCGGACACCCAGAAAAAAAUUAUUCACGCCAAGCAAAUGAUAAAAAGUUUCAAAAAUAUAAAUUAUACUUUUUUUUAAAAUAUUUAAAACUAAUGACAUAAAUUUUCUUCUAUCCAACGCAUUAUAUCUCUAAUAUAAACAAGUCUUCUUUAUUACCUAAAUUAAAAAAAAAAUUCGUGCUUAUAUUCUCGAUAAAAAAAUUUGAUUAUUUAUCUACAGUCUUAUCAUUUAUAAUUACAUUAAUUAAUCAUUAUAUUAAUACAGAGAUAUAAUUACGCCUCAAAUCAGUUCUUCCUUCAAUUAAAAAAAAAAUCAAACAUAUUUAUAUUAAUAUUAAUAACUGAUAUUUAUACUUACCAUUGUAA